AUGGCCACACCAAAUAUCCCCAAUCGGAUGAUUCUCGUCAGUGUGCCUCGCACAGCCUCCAACCUUCUCCUGAAAGUCUUGAACAUCCCCAAACAACCAAACCUGCUCACCAGCCCCAAAGGCGGCUACUUCUUCUACGAUGCAUUCAUGACAGCCGGCAAAGACGGCCGUCUCAACAAAGCCAUCUCAGAAUGGACCACAGAAGAGAAAACCGAAGUCCGCGAAGCCUUCCAACACGCCAUCACAGAUCUGGAAGAAUAUAGCGCGCGAGCACGCGCAGAGAACAAAAUCAUGUUCGCGAAAGAACACGCCUUCUGGUUCCUGAAUCCAGGCUUCUUCUCGAACAUGACGCACGGCGCCAUCUCAGACGAAGACCUCAAGACUUUCCAAGUCACUGUUCCGGAAGAGUAUGGGCCCACCAAGACAUUCUCUCAAAAUAACAGCACCGUCCUACCGGAUGAGUACCUGCGCACAUGGCAGCUGGCUUUCAUCAUUCGACACCCCGCCCUGGCAUGGCCAUCGCUGUACCGCGCCAUGCAGAAGAUGUGCCAAGCGGGCUUUUUGGAAGACGACGAUGCAAAGGGCAUGAGUCUCACGAAUAUGAGUAUGCAGUGGACGCGCAGACUUUUCGACUGGUGUCUCGAACAGCCAGAUGCACCUGUUACUCCGCUAGUUAUUGACGCCAAUGAUGUGAUUCAUAAUCCUGGUGCCGUGAUUAAAUUCUGUGAGCGUACUGGACUGGAUACUGCAUCGAUGCAGUUCGAGUGGGAUGGUGGAGAGAAGAAGUCUGAGAAGUGGACUCCGGACCGUGCGAGCGAGAAUAACCCCGCUGAGCUGGCGAGACAGCAGAAGGCUGCUUCGAUUAUGCUUUCGACGCUGGAGGGCUCGACGGGUAUUAAUAAGGAUAAGGCGCCGGAGUCUCUUGAUAUUGAUGCCGAGGUUGCCAAGUGGAAGGUCGAGUUUGGCGAGGAGAUUGCUGCCUUGUUGGAGAAGGCGACGAGGGAUGCUAUGCCUGAUUAUGAGUAUCUCAAGGCCAACCGGGUUACGGCAUAG